AUGACUCUUUCAGCACCGUGUUCCUCCUUAUCCCUCUAUCCAUCCUACUCUUGCAAGGGAACAAAUAUCUUCCUAAGCAUCCUCCUUUCGUGGGGUGGUUUGGAGGCCGGGGGGCCAUUGGGCCCUGAGUUCCCCGGGCUGGGGGCGGAACAGGGCCCCCAAUUCCUCAGCCAGCAACCUGCCCCAGAACCUCACCUUCACAGGGACAGUCCUGAGUUUAUAUCUUCACAAGAACUAAAACCUUCGAACAUUCCUUUCUUGCCCGUUCCACUGCCUUCUGGAAUUCCCUGCAAUCUGAUAUCCGACAUACUGCUUCCCUGUCCUCAUUCAAAUACCUUCUUUACCAAUACAUUCUCACAUCCCUAA